GACACCGACGGCUCGUUCAUCGAGGAGUUGAUUAAGAACUAUGACGGCAAAGUGCACGGAGACAGGGAUAGCAGUUUUGUCACCGACGAGGUGUUCGUCGAUUUGGUCGAAGCCCUCAAAUCCCCGCAAAAGAGCUCUUCUAAUAGUGAGACCAUCGAUGAGGAGAACACCGCUAAUGGUGUCAAACGAGAUAAACAGAUCAUUCUUCGGAGCGAACGCUCGACCACUGCUACCCAAAUGACUCGAAUUCAGACAAAAAUCGCUCCGAAUAUGAUAUAUCACGCGAUCGCUGCUGUCUUUACAGAUAAGGGAACUCCUGAAGAAUUGGAGGAAAAAUACCAAGAAUUGGUACUAAAGCGAGAGACAGGAGCCACACAACCACUCGAGUCGACUCCUAAUAUCGAUGGAAACAAUACUCAGUCUUAUCCUCGGGAACAGACUAUGCAUUCAUUCCAUACACUCUUCUGUCGGCGAUGUUUCAAAUACGACUGCUUUCUUCAC